AUGUUGCAGAUCAAUAAGGUUCAGGGACAGAGGCAAGUGGGUUCCGGGCUGCACGUUACCCAUGUGUUCAGCAAGUUGCUGGACAAAUGGGGGGAUGUCAUGGCGAUUCAGUCUGUAGAGCCGAUGAUGGUCUUAGGGAAGGGGAAAAACAGCGCGAAAGAAAUUCGGAGUAUGCUGGAGUCGACCUGCAGGGCCUUCUUCGACCUACAAGGAGUCCAGCUCCGUCCCGCCCCGGAUGCAGUCAUGACGACCCACUGUGCUCGAGUGGUAGAGAGCGCACCCGCACAGAACAGAUCCGAAGCGGUAGAGGGACAGAUAGACGUACCUGCCGCAAACCGGGACGCAAAUCCAAGAGUUGGGUUUAUUUCAUAUUCCCGCCGACCUGCACCGGGGGAUGCACUACUGAGUGGCCCGACAUCAAGGUCAGCCACUGCGGAGGAGCGUGAUAGGUCUGGAGUUAGGCAGCUCAGGUUUGCUGAUCGGGUUAGGAGGCCGCGGGAACGCGAAGCACGGACGGAGACCGACUUGGCAAGUGUAGCAGAUGAAGGCGAGGAGGGUGUAGAAGAUCCACAGCUGCCAAGUCAGGUCGAACAGGCAGAGGAGCAGUGGAGGAAGGCGGCGGAUGAAAAGCGGAUGGGCGAAGCAGAAGCCAAGAGUAGACGGGCUGAAGAGAUGCAACGGCGCAGUGAUGGCGACGCCGAUCCUACCGUCUCUUUCCCGGGAACCGGAGACAUACGUGAAGCAUGGGAGCGUGGGGCACGAGCCGCUGCAAGGGCACACGUGGGAGAGGCAGGAGAGGAGCUCGCCAGCAAUGUGCGGCAGCAUAUCGAGGAGGAUAGGGGAUACGUGAAAGUUCGCUUGCCCAGCCUAAAGCGGAAGGCGGCUGAAGAGGCCCGGAGAGGGGACGUCGACGUGCCAGAGAAUUCGGGAGAGGCGAAAAAGAAGGAGGAGAGCAACGCUGGUGCUAAGGCUCAUAAGAUGGUGGAGGUAGAGGCGCACCAGAAUGCAGAGGAUGCGGCCCAUCGGUUCGUCGAUGCAGAUGCGGCACUUACGGCAGAGGACGGGGCGCCAAAGGAAGCAGAGUCUGCAGCGCAGCAGAAGGUGGGUGCAGAGGCGGUCAAGGGUGCGGAGGCAGUCGCGCGUAAAGAAGCGGGUGCAGCAGCAGAGCUGACGUCGGAGGCAGUCGAGCUGAUGGUAGUGGAGGCAGUGGCGCAGAAGGAAUCAGAGGCAAUGGCGAGCCAGAAGGAUGAGGCAGCGGCGCAGCAGAAUGAUGAGGCAGACGCACAUAAGGAAUCAGCGGCAGCAGCGCAGCAGAAGGAUGAGGGUGCGGCGCCCAGGAUGGUUGAGGCAGAGGCGCAGAAGGAAUCAGAGGCAGCGGCGCAGCAGAAGGAGGAGGGUGCGGCGCCGAAGAUGGUUGAGGCAGAGGCGCAGAAGGCAUCAGAGGCAGCGGCGCUGCAGAAGGAGGAGGGUGCGGCGCCGAAGAUGGUUGAGGCAGAGGCGCAGAAGGCAUCUGAGGCAGCGGCGCUGCAGAAGGAGGAGGGUGCGGCGCCGAACAUGGUUGAGGCAGAGGCAGCGGCGCUGCAGAAGGAGGAGGGUGCGGCGCCGAACAUGGUUGAGGCAGAGGCGCAGAAGGAAUCAGAGGCAGCGGCGAGGGAGAAGGAUAAGGCAGCGGCGCUGCAUAUGGAGGAGGCAGACGCACAUAAGGAAGGAGAGGCUCGGAAUAAGGCAGAAGCAGCGGCGCGGCAGAAGGCGGAGGCAGAGGAGCAGAAACAGGCUGCGGAAGAGGCACUACAACUGGCUCGGGCAGAAGCGCGGAAGAAGGUUGUUGUAGAGGCGCAGAAGAAGGCGGAGGGUGAGGCGCAGAAGAUGGCAGAGGCCGAGGAGCAGAAGCAGGCUGAGGCAGACGCACGUAGGAAGCCAGAUGGAGAGGACGGUUCAGAUGGGAAUAAAAUGGUACAGACAGAGGGACGGGAGACGGCGGGUGCUGAGGGGCACAUCAUCGCAGAGGAAGAGGGGCAGCAUAACGAGGAGGCAGCGUCGCAGAUAUUCGCAUACCGAGAGACGCAGAGCAUGGCAGAGACAGGGCGUCAAAAUACUAUGGAGGUUCGUGUCGUCCCGGAGGCUGGAGUGGGGCACUACGAGGGAGAUGCGCUGGAAACAGAAGAGGAGCAGAAUGAGGAGGAUACGGUACAUCCGGCAGUCCGGAUAUUUUUGGGAGGAAGUCCGACGCGGGGACCAGGAACCGGGGUAGAGGGGCCAUGGAGGGUGGCAGACGAUGGGGCGCCUAGGGAUACAGUGGAUCUCAACAGGCAGAGGCGGCCCACCCUUCACCAGAGAGCAGUGGAGAGGAAUCUCGGCCAAGGCGGGGUGGCAGAAGCGUUUUGGCAGGUAGAGUGGGUCGAGGCAGAGACGGCAAUACGGCGGAUGCUGCAUCGGACGAGUACAGUCCUGGUCGAACAAGGUGACAGGUUCGUCGAGGCCGAAAGCUGGGACAUAAGCCCGGCAGAGGUAACGCGUCGUCUGACGCUCUUAGCCCGAAUGGUGACGCAGGCGUUCUGCAACUUGGCGGCCCGCAACAGCAGCAUCAGUCGCGACGUGGCCGAUCUGACCGUCCAUUACUGUCGCGACGCCCUGGCCAACCUGGAAGAAGUCCGCCAUGGAAACGAGGAACGGCGGCGCCAAGCUGAAACGGCGGCCAGGUUUCGCGAGGAGGUGGACACGAGACUCUCCAACUUGCAGGAGAGUAUCGUAAGGAUGAGUGAUCAGGUUCGCCAGUCGGGAGGGGGGAUGGCGGAGGGCACGUUAAAGAGGGUGGAAGAGAGGUUGAGAGAGGUUCUGAGAGAAGACUCUGAGCGGCGGAACAGGGAUAGACUGCAGGACGAGGAGCGGAGGCAGAAGGCCACGAGGAAGGAAGCAGACACCGCAGAGAGACGGAAGAAGGAACAACAGCAGGAGGAAGCGCGUCGGCAGAAGGAGAUGAGAGAGGGAAUGAAGGAGAUGAAGGAGGCGAUGAUGAAGGAGAUGAAGGCAGAAAUGAAGGAGAUGAAGGAUGGGAUGGUAAACCAGAUUGUGGGGAGGUUGAGCGCGGUUUUGCGAGAAGAAUUCGAGCGGCAGAAGAAGGAGAGGCAAGUGGACGUGGAGCGGCGACAACAGCAGGACGCGAAGAGGAAACAAGUGGCGGACGACGAGGAGAGACACAAGAGGAAACAACUGGACGAGCAAUGGCGGAAGGAGGAGGAGGUGAAGAGGAAGAAUGUAGAGGCCACAGAGCGGCGGAGGAAGAACAAACAUCAGGAGGAAGAGCGACGGCAGAAGGAGGUGGAGGCGGGAAUGAAGGAAGUGAUGGAGGCUGUGAAGGAAAUGAAGACGGGGAUUAAGGGGUGGAAGGAGGGGAUGCUAAGUGAGGAGGAGGCGCAGCGGAAAGAUGCAGAGGAGGCCGAGAGGCAGGAGAGGGAGAAACAGCAGGAGAUGGCGCGCCUGCAGGAGGAGGAGAGGCAGAGGAAGGAGGCUGAGGAGGUAGAGCGGCGUCAGAGGGCGAAACAGCAGGAAUUGGACCGCCUGCAGAAGGAGGAGACGCAGAAGAAGGAGGCAGAGGAGGCCGAGCGGCAGCAGCGGGCGAAUCAGCAGGAGAUGGAGCGCCUGCAGAAGGAGGAAGCGCAUAAGAAGGAGGUAGAGGAGGCCGAGCGGCAGCAGAGGGCGAAACAGCAGGAGAUGGAGCGCCUGCAGAAGGAGGAAGCGCAGAAGAAGGAGGCAGAGGAGGCCGAGCGGCAGCAGAGGGCGAAACAGCAGGAGAUGGAGCGCCUGCAGAAGGAGGAAGCGCAGAAGAAGGAGGCAGAAGAGGCCGAGCGGCAGCAGAGGGCGAAACAGCAGGAGAUGGAGCGCCUGCAGAAGGCGGAGCAGUGCCGAGCAGAGAAGAGGGCCAGACUUGCAUCCUACGCGGAACAGCAGCGGCAACUGGAGGCAAAGGCAAAGGCGAUGGCUGAAGAGACGGAACGAUUGGCAAGGGAGAUGGAAGAGGAGGAUUUGACCAUGCAGGGGGAGGGGACCUGGACAGGAGCCGAGGAGGAAAUAGCUGAGGGGCUGGGGAGUUUGCUGUUGAUUGAGAGCGGGGAGGCGAAUGUAGCAGAGGGCGUGGCUAGUGUUCCUGUACGGAAUGUAGAGGUGUCCAGGAGGCGGCCUAGACAAGAGGACAGGGAGCCGGAGGGUCAUGCGGCUAAGAGACGGCGUGCAGCUGGAAUACAGGAGUUGAUACCCAUAAUCCAAGGGGAAAAGAAAGGGAUGAAGAUCGACAAGUGUGACAACAGGAAAAACGCCGCAGUGGACGACAAGGGUAAGACUUUGGGUGUCUGCCUGCCGUUCCGGGGAAGCGGGUUCUCUCAACGGGGCGAGGGAGCUUUGCAGAAGUGGACGUCUGAGCAGACCGUCGGCGGCCGGAAGCAGAACCUCGGCUCUCACAAAACGGUGUGGGAGAGGGCAUACACGGUCGCAGUCUGCUGGAAGUUCUACUUCCCGGAUAUUGACAUGCAGGCAUACGGCAUGAAUCCAAACCGUAUUAACAAGUGGCGGGAAGACCUCGACUUCACAACGUGGCUUCCAACAGGGGUGUGGAGCGUCAUCAAUGAACUCCACCUGGACAAACCGGACGGAUUCUCACUCGUUCAAACCAACACGGCUCUUCGGCAGCAGCAGGGGGAUGGCUUUCAGGUAGCUGCCUGCGCUGGUGUCGGAAUAACUGCGUGGCAGAAGAUGGUGGGAGGCGUGGAGGGUGAAAACGGCUAUUCGACGGAAGAACACGCAAUCGGACUUGCCGCCACGUUGUCUGUAAUGUGGGCCGCAUCCACGAAUGUGGACCAGACCCAGUGGGAGACGGGCGCAACAACAGCUGCACGUGGAACUUCUACGGCCAUAGCAUCUUCUGCAGCCAGAUCGUCCACUGCUGCCACCGCCUCAUCGGCUGCCACGUCAUCUUCUGCGGCCGAUGUGCCCUCUGCCGUCCACAAUACCCUUGCGACGCUUGCAGCCUCGGUUGCUUGCGUUGCGGUUGAGGCGAUGAGGUCGGUAAAGGAUCAGGAGCAUGACAAGGAAGCGUGGAUUCUGCCCCUGUCGGAUGCGCUGCUGAAAGCGCUUCCGGCAGAGUCGCGAGCGGCCGAGGAUGCGAAGCGGAUGACGAGGGUGGUGGCAAAGGUGGUGACCUCUUGGUGCCUAUGCAGCAUGGCAUCAAGAGGCCUUCGCCAGCACCAGGGCGUCUGGCUCGGAGUCCUGCAGAAGAAGUUGGGCGGCCGGGAUACCACAACAGGGGCGGAUAAGGAGAAGAAAACCAAGAAAUCGUCCGCGAAGGGGAACGCGACGAAGGAUGCGUCGACGGAGGAGAACACCGGCACUGGCGGCCAGGAGUGA